ACACUCAGUCCAUUCAGCUAUUAUCCCUCUGACGUGAUACAUGAUAACCCAUAUUUAAUACUCCUCUUACUUUCUCUGACGUAUGAGCAGGAAUUAUAAAUUAUGAAAGGAAAAGAGACACAAUAAGACAUGAUAGAUAGACCUAACCUGUGAUCAAAUUUAUUUGUGUAAUUUUUUGCCUUCCAAGAACUCAGCCAGAAUUAUUACAUAAAUUUACUAAAAUUAUAACCAUAGUUUCAGCCAUAAUACAGGCUACAUAGUUACUACAGCUUCUGUUAUUUCGGUAAAACUAUGGUAACAUGGAAUUAGGCACCACCGCCAUUAUAAAUAGAGAAUAAACAACAUGACAGUAAUAUUGAUGUAAGGGGUCUAGAACCUUAUACAGUCAGGGGGCCCAGAGUGACAGCCCUGGUUGUAUGUAACUAUGAUGUUUGGCUUUCAUAAGCCGAAGAUGUACCGUAGCCUCGAUGGAUGUUGCAUCUGCAGGGCAAAAUCCUCCAGCUCUCGGUUCACUGACAGCAAACGCUAUGAGAGAGAGUUCCAGAGCUGUUUUGCUUUGGGCGAGACUCGCUCAGGUGAAAUCUGCAAUGCUUGUGUCCUGCUGGUAAAACGCUGGAAGAAGCUUCCUGUCGGUUCCAAAAAGAACUGGAAUCAUGUGGUUGAUGCACGAGGGGGACCCAGCCUGAAAACUACAGUGAAAUCAAAGAAAAUCAAAUCCCUGUCCAGACGGAUCAGGCCUAACCAGAUUAGCCGGCUUCAGAAAGAUCUAAAAAGACACAAUUCUGACGCUCACAGCACCACCUCCAGUGCCAGCCCAGCCCAGUCGCCAAGCUACAGUAACCAGUCAGAUGAAGGCUCUGACUCAGAGUUGGCUCCUGGUUCCACCCGCUCACCAGUUUUUUCCUUCUUGGACCUGACAUACUGGAAAAGGCAGCGGGUAUGCUGUGGCAUCAUCUACAAAGGUCGCUUUGGGGAGGUUCUCAUUGACCCUCAUCUCUACAAGCCCUGCUGUCAAAAGAAACAGGAGCAAGAGCAGGAGGAAGAGGAGGAGGAGGAGGAGGAGGAAGACGACAAGGGCGACAUUGAAGCAGUGGAAGUGCAGAGCAGUCAAGAAAUGAUUUCUUCUACUCAACCACAGUCACCUUUGUCUUCUCCCCAUAUCAAAAUGGAGCAAGAAGUGGAUGAGGAGUGGUGAUGAUGAUGAUGAUGUCACAUUCCUAGGGUACUCACUUGGCAUUCUUUAGAAGCCUUGAGAGUCAGAGGCAUAAUUUUGCCCUUGGACGCUCUCAAAGACAUUCUCUCAGAUUGCCUUCAAUUCAAGAGCAGCUGGAUCCUUGUUUGUCUUUUCUUUCUUUUAUGUUAAGGAUGUGUCUUUUUUUCAGUUCUUUUGCUGUUGAAUCAACUUACUGUUGUUUUAUUUAUCAAACUGAACUGGUGUCUCUAUUUUCCAGAGCCUGGUGCCACGCUAUUCCAAGUCACUCUUUCAAUAAGGAUUGUGUCUGCACAUUUUUCGUAGAUCAGGGGAAACGAGUUUCCUUUUGUUCUUCAUGCAACUGAAUGCUGGCUCUACAUGGGCAACUCUCUGCAGCUGGUGUACAUUAUUUAGUGAACUGCUAAAUUCUAGAACAAUUAAGAUGGUAAUGUUUUACUGUUUUGCUGGGAGAGAGAGCCAUACUAUUAUAGGGAACUAUUUGAUCCUUGCUUUGCCUUUAUAUAUGGAUAUUUAUUUUACAUUUCUCUAAAUUGUAAUGGCCUGCCCUUUUCAAUUUUUCUGUUGGUUUUGACCAGUCAAAGCUUUAAGCUAAACGCACUGAUUUCAAUGCAGGUUGUCUGUAUUCAGCCAGCUAGUUAUAGGAAUAGUUCACCCAAAAAUGUAAUUUCUCUCAUUAUUUACCUCUUGCCAUACCAGAUGUGUAUGACUUACUUUCUUCUGCAGAACACAAAUUAAGAUUUUUAGAAGAAAAUUCCUGCUCUGUAGGUACAUACAUUGUGAAUGGUGAGAAACAUUGGUGUGAAAGUGAAUGAUGGCCAAAACUUUGAAGCUCCAAAAAGCACAUAAAGGCAGCUGUGAUAUUUUACGUUCAUGGGCAAUGGAGGAGUCAGGAGACAAUGAAACAGGUUCAAGGUCAGUCUCUUUAUUUGUUUGUUCAGGCACACAAUUGACUGUAACCACAGAUAACAUAAAACACUUGCAGGCAAAUGAAGCAGUCUUAAAUAAUCAAACACUCUCUCAGUUCGGGCUGUCGUUCUUUCUGGUCACUCUCUCUCUCACUGUGAUGCUCUGGCAUCAGGCCUUAUCAGGUCUCCCUCCGCCAUCACUAUAAUGAGAGACAGGUGUUAGAGUAAUUACAACCCAGGUGACGAGCCUUAUCACUUUCCCUCUCCCGCAGACAGACACAUGACCACGCCCCCCAUGCCACAGCAGCAUAACAGUAAACCAUAAGACUCCAGUGGUUAGAUUCAUAGCUUCAGAAGUGAUAUGAUAAGUGUGGGUGAGAAACAGAUCAAUAUUUAAGUCCUUUUUUUUUUUUUUGCUAUAAAUCUCCACCUUUGACCAGCCUGACCAGUAGGUGGCAAAAUGCACUAAGAAUGUGAAUAGGCAAAAACAAAAGAAGAAUGUGGAAGUGAAAGUGGAGAUUUAUUGUAAAAAAAGGACUUAAAUAUUGAUCUGUUUCUCACGCACACCUAUUAUAUCACUUCUGAAGACAUGAAUUUAACCACUGGAGUCGUAUGAAUAACUUUUGUGCUGCUUUUAUAUGUUUUUGGACCUUCAAAGUUCAGGUCAACAUUCAUUUGAAUUGUAUGGACCUACAGAGCUGAGAUAUUCUUCUAAAAAUCUUUAUUUGUGUUCAGCAGAUGAUAGAAAGUCAGACACAUCUGGGAUGGCAUGAGGGUGAGUGAAUGAUGUGAGAAUUUUCAUUUUUGGGUGAACUGUUCCUUUAAACUCAACUCGGAUUGUGUUUUACUACUUUUUCCAGACAGCAUUUCUGUGGUGCUGAGGAGGACUGGGCUUGGCCAUCCAAAAAUAAUGCCUGGCUAUCAACACUCUUGUAUUCAAUGUACUAAUGUAUAUAUUCAGAACUGUAGAUUUGACUUAAGGUCUUUGGACAAGAUCAGUGUCAAGCAUGAACGCUAAUGGAACUAUUGUCUUGAUGGAAAUCUGCAUGAAUUUUGCAUGGUCUUUUAAAAAGUUCAAGAUUAUUAUUAAUUUUUUUUCUUUAACAUUUUGCUUAGCAACCAUGUUGCAACAUUAAUAAUUUGGGCAAAUUUUGACAGUCCCAAUAUAUAUAUUUUUGUAGAUUAAUAAAAAAACAAAUAAAAAUAAAAUAAAUAAAUCAAGAGUUUGAUUGCAAUGUGACAUUUUUAGAUGUCAGUGUUGUUAAAAUAAUUACAGGGAGUCUUCAGGUUUUUUAGAAUUGGAUAUUUUCAAUAUUGUCUCAUUCAAAGCCAAAAAGCCCAACUUCUUUGCUAUUUAUUGUCAACUUGUAAACGUGUUCAUAUACCUCCUCUCUCUCUCUCUGCCUUUGUAAAUACAGCGCAUUCUCAUUUACAGAUACUACUUCACAUUUUUUGUGUCAUGAAUGUGUUGAACACAUGGUCUGAUCAUUUUGGUCGUUGUUCUUUGUUUGGUUUGAUGUGUAUGUUAUUUGUUUAUUCUUUACUUUUUUCUUCAGGGAAAACAUAUGAUAGUAUAAUUUUUUAUGGUAUUUUUAUUGGAAUACUUAAAGACAAAACCAAUGUUACCAAUGCAACCAAUGUAGGCUUGUACAUUUUUAUUAUCAAUUACCUGUCUGUAAUAAGCUGUUAUGUACACACAAGGAGUAUUCAUACUAUAUAUCCAGGGUUUCCCCUUUGGUCCAAUAGAUCUGUCCUGAUUUCUUUUUUUUUUUCUAUAAUGGCCUUGGCUGUCUUGGAUUUAUAAAUUCCGUUGUCUUACACAUACUUCUGUUUACUUCUGUUUAAUUUCAGGGGAUGGCACUAUUGAGCUCAUACAGAAACACUCAACUGCACAAUAAUUUUUUCAUUCUGCUCUGUUUUUAAAAUGGUAUUUUGAUGGUGGCAGCUUGUGGCAUCAGCGUGAAUAUGCCAUGUCACUAAAUGACAUGAACAGUGUCUUUUGGUAACAUCUGUUUAAGUGAAGCUUGUACUCUUAGGCACUUAAAUGAGGAUUCAUAUCAUGUAAUCUCUAUGAUUGCAUGUAAAGGCGUUAUUUGUUAAUAGUCUAAGAUGUGCAAGUCUGAACUGUUAUUAGUACUCUUUUGUCUUAUUUAUUUCAUAUUUAUUUGCAAUACUUGUGUUGUGGUCUUUUCUUUUUAAGUCUCAUCAGAUUUUGUCAGAGGACUGACCUGUCCUAACACACUGCAAUAUGGACUGAAAAUGCUUUUACACUCACUAAAUGUUGUGGAGAACUUCAGGACUGGACAGCUGUAAAAACAUACUUUUUUGUGUUUGCUCAGUACAAAUAUUGUAUUAUUUUUAUAUUUUUGUUUGUGUUUUUAAUGCCCAGAUGCCCAUAUGAUAUCCUUUUUAGACUAGUCAUUUAGUUGUAGUGCUACAGGCAUGUAUGGUAGCUAUGCACUUUGUAUUUACUUUACUAGAAAUAUAUGAAGCAAGUUUUGUAUUUUUUUACAUAUUGUACUUUUUACUUGUUCCUCAAUAAAUGUAGCAUGUGAUGGUCA